UGGUACAGUGUUGGGGGGAAUAUGGCAGAUUUGCUACAUAAAGUUACCGACGUAGAGAUAGAUCCAGACGGGAAAUUUAAGUAUAUUUUGGUGAGGGUAAAAGUUAAAAACGGAACGGAUCAUAAAGAUAUAGUGAGGGGUACUAAAAGUGCCGAGUACCACAACCAUAUAUUUGAGAAGGUAAAUCCUGCAAUGGAGGCUCUCGGAUUGGAGUGCAGCUGCCUUGGCGGAGGCAAAAUAGAGCACAACAGCAAAGAGAAGAAACUGCGGGUGUUUGGAGAAUCCACGGGCUAUGGCAAGGCUGACCAUGCAGUGACUGUGGAAAAGCUGAAACUCGUCUUCAAAGACUAUGAGAUCACUUGGUCAGAUGACAAAAAGUAGUUAUUGUCCUAUUUUUUGCCACUUCUGCAGCGCCAACAUCUUAAGGAAUUUUGUGGUUCUACUUAUUUAUUUACUCAAGUAAUUAUGUGUUCUAAACCAGUUCAGUUUACAUUUCAUGAAUUCGGCUUUGUUCAGUUUAAUGGGUGUUCCUUCUAUAAAAAUCAUUACCUUUGGGAACUUUUUCAAUAACCUUUGGGAACUUAUUUUUCAAUAAAUGUUCUUUGCCUUGACCUUUGCCUUUCUGUAGUUUUCCAAGAAAUACUCUUUCUCUGAGUCAGACCUGAGACAUUGUGAUGAUUCAGAAAACGUUCAGGAUUUGAAUGGUAUGGUAUUUCCCCUACAAUGUAGUUUUUGUGUUGUAUAAAUCCACACUCAGACACUCUGGGCAUGGCACAGACAUAUUAGAGAACAUAUCCUGUCUCCAUAGUAAAAAACCAAAUCAGUAUGGGGAACCAGAUAUGAAACCCAGAGAGAGUGGCCAAACCAUGCAUUAUCUAAUCUACUCACUUUCAGUCUGAAACCACUUUCUCUUGGGUGGAUACAAAUAGGGGA